AGAAGAAUCCACUUCCGCCGAGCGAUGCAUGUGUGAUGUGUGUAAAACAGCUAGCUGCGCUCAUCAUCACUUACAUUGCUAACAAUAUCACAGGCUGCUGCCUUGCUAGGUGGUAGAUUAGCAUAUUAUUAUCGUCUAGUUAUUUUCUAUUUUACCCCGGUGAGUGACUGCUGAUAAGAAUAACACAUUUAAAACAACAGUGGCGCUGUUAAGCUAACUAGAGUUAGCUAGCAUUACCAAACCAGAGACACUGCAAGAUGGACGAAGCUGCUGCCGAGGCGAUCAUAGAGGACGAAGCUGAAAAUAAGCCUUACGAUGGAGACACUGCAUCUGAAAACAAUGUCGGUCCAUCGGCUGAGGACACUGCUGAUAGGGUUGGGGUUUUCUGCUGUCAAGAUUGUGGAGAAGCCUUCAGAGAGGAGGCAGCAUACUUGGAGCAUCAGCAACAGCACCCGCAAGAAGGCGUGUGUUUAGACAACCAGUUGGAUGGUUUACAUGACGCAGAAAAGGACAAUGUAAUAGCUAAUUUCUGUACUUUAUGUUCACUAUCAUUUGUUGAACCAAGUGAGUUCUACGCUCAUAUGGAGAAGAGCCAUGCUCAAAUCUCGGAGUCUAGCGUUCAAGUAAAUUCUCGGACAACAAAGCAACACACCUAUGCAUGUCCAGACUGUGGGAAAUGUUACUUUGUGAUCGGACACUUUCUCAACCAUCAGCGCUCACACAGACAAGCCUCCAAAUCCGUUUUUCACGACCUUGAACAUUUGAAAAAGAAGUCGUUUCAGUGCGAGUCUUGUGGGCGGAAUUAUUCUCGCGCUUCAGCUCUCGAUGCACACCGUCGUUGUCAUGAGGAAAAGUUGGUAAAGUCACGAAACCGGAGUUCAGGAGACGCAUUUCACACUGGGGAGUCAACAGUCGAAGCCAAGCCCAGUGAAAACCAGACGGAUGAUACUCCUGAAAAAACCUUUAAGUGUUCAUGUGGUAAAGCUUUUACUGCUCUAUUGCGCCUUAAAACACAUCAACGAUUCAGCCGCAACAGUCAAUGCUCUCCAGAAGAAAUGAAAGAAAAACCAAAGAAAAGCUGCAAUGAGUUUUACUGUAGUGAGUGUAAAAAGGCUUUCACCGGCCAUAUCGCCCUCUUCAACCAUCAGCGAUGGCAUGCUAAUCACUCGGAUAAUUCUGCGAAAAGGUUCCCAUGUGAGGAAUGUGGGAAAGUAUUUAUGACACUCACGUUCUACUACAGGCAUCAGCGCAUGGCGCACAGUGAGGAGACUCCAGCAAAGUCGUUUCUUCAUCAAGUGUGUCAGCUACAGAAGAAGGCAUUUGAAUGUAAAGAUUGUGGGCUAAAGUUUUCCAGGGCUUCAGCACUUCACUCGCAUCAGCUUCAGCACACGGAUGUUUUCAGAGAAACGGAGAAGGAGUCUCAGAUGUGUACCUCUAUGCUACCUCAACAGAAAACUUUGGAAAGUGAAAUAAAAGAGACUGAGCAGGAAGAAGUAGAAUCAGAAAAUGUGCUUUCUUCCAUUAUGGUUGAAGAAGACUUGAAUGUGAAUGAGACUGAUGAAGACGUGGAGAGUUAUGACCCUGGGGACUUUAUUGUACAGGUGAUCAGCGCAAGUGAAUCUGAGGACGAGCUCGUCCAAGAGCCGAAUCCUGAUCUGGAGCUUCUGUGUGAAUCAGAUCAGGAAGUAAGAGAUGACGCCGACACUGGAGUUUCCCCCAGUAGUCUUGUUUCAAAACCGGAAAUGGAUUUGAAAAUUGUAGAAAUUGACUUUGAGCAGACUGACGACCAAUGUGCACAACGGGAAGCGGAGGAUAAAACAACAGGAGACAGAUUUGAUUGUCCAGAGUGUUACCGUUGGUUUUCUAGCGCCUCAUCACUGCGCGUUCACAGAAUGUGGCAUGGGGUUCGUAAAAGAAAACGUCAGACUCCAGGUCAGUCAGUGGCAGGUGACACAUGUGGCCAUGAAGCCAGUAGCUAUGCAGCGCACUGCAGUCACAUUCAACAACACAAGAAUCAAAACGCAAGCAACGAUGAGGCAGAGGGAUUAGAGAAGAAAACUCUGGCAUGCAAUGAGUGUGGUAAAAGCUUCUCACGUACGUCUGCUUUAGUCUCUCAUCAGCUGCAUCAUCCCAAAAGAAAGAAAUAUCAAUGCCCAGACUGCAUGAUGUCUUAUUCCUAUGCAGCGAGCCUGUUCAACCACAUGAAAAACUGCUCAGCGCAAAAAAAGGAGAAUAUUUCAGUCACUAAAAAAGAAUACAAUCCAAAGAAGACCCUUCUAGGCCCAAAGAUUUAUCAUUGUGAACAGUGCGGGAAGGGUUUUUGGUCUCUAGGAGCUUACUCCCACCACAGUCAGACUCCGUGUACAGAUUUGAAGCUAAAAAAAGAUGCCACCGAAUCUUUGCGCUCGGUUAAUGGACGCCCCAAGGUUGCAUGUCCAGUGUGUGGUAGAAAGUUUCGUCACAAGGGUAUUAUGGCAUUGCACAUGCGAAAACAUGAAAAUGGAGAUCACAAAUGUGAACUCUGCAACAGAUCGUUCCGUCUUUUCUCCAGCCUUCUGAGACACCAGGUUGUGCAUAGUGACCAGUUACUCCCACCACCCAUUAAGUCCUUUCAGCAUCAGGUGGAGCAGUUGAAAAAGAACACAUACUAGCUGUCCUGACUGCGGGAAGCUUUUUUCACGCGCCAAGGCACUUCAGUUUCACAUGAAAAGCCAUGGGUACGAAACUGGGUACUCGCCAUCAUCGCCAAGAUCUACCGUCACGCUGGAGGAUCUACAGUGUGCAACAUGCC